GUCUAUUUUGGGGGCCAUUUUCAGACAAAGGAAAUUGACUAACUCCGGGUCUGUCCACGUCGGAGCCAUGCGUGAGACCCCGCCCGCUGUGACAUUGGAUUUAUGAAGCUAUAAGAUCCUACUUGGUCUCAGUGAGGUCGCAGUCGUCCACACGACAAAAUCCCUAUCCCGUCUAACUUAUCAGAGAGUGACAUCCAACCAACACAAUGAGCAAAUCCUACGAAUACGUGAUCUGUGGCGGUGGUACCGUGGGAUGCGUUCUCGCCAGUCGCCUCUCCCAGGCUGGACACAACGUCCUGGUCGUCGAGGCGGGCGCCGAGGACUACAGCGACCAGAUCAUGAGUCCGGUCGCGGCCCCGCAUCUCCAUGGCACAGACGUGGAAUACAACUUGACGACGACCAAGCAGCCCGGACUGGGCGACCGCUCGGUUCCCAACUACGGAGGCAAACUGCUGUCGGGCUCGAGUGGCAUUAACUACGGCCUGUGGACGCGCGGGCACUCCGUCGACUAUGACUCCUGGGCCAAGGUUGUGGGCGACGAGCGGUGGAAUUAUGCGAAUAUGCUCAAGUUUUUCAAGCGGACGCAGACGCACCACGAUCCGACCGGAAGCCCGGACAAGUACGGGUUCAGUGGGCCGAUUUCCACCACGGCGGCGGCUCGUCUCUACCCGCUGCGGGAACAGAUCCGCCAGGCCAUGUCGGCGGCCGGUCUCGAAUACAACCCGGAUACCAACGGCGGCAAUCCGCUGGGCUUUGGCGCCUUCACGGAGAACUGGAAGAAUGCGCGCCGCCAACCCGCCAGCCAGGCCUACGAUCUGUCCAAGGCGACCGUGCUGACGAACGCCGUCGUCGCGCGGGUGGAUGUCGACGACACCAAGACCGCGACAGGCAUCACGCUGACCGAUGGCACCCAAUACACCGCCACGAGAGAAGUCCUCGUUACCUGCGGGGCGCUCAAAACCCCCCAGUUGCUGAUGUUAUCCGGCAUUGGCCCCCAGGAGCACCUCGCCCGACACAACAUCCCCACCAUCGCCGAUCUCCCCGUGGGAGAAAACUACCACGAUAAGAUCUCGGCGACCUUCUUCUGGAAGCUCCGCCACCCGGAGAACGGAUACGCCCUCGGCUCCCCCCUCUUCAACAAGCCCGAGUUCCGCCACGGCAACCCGAUCGAAUGGGUAGCCACCGUUCCCACCCCGCACGCAGAGCUCCUCCAGGCCGCCCAACAAGACCAGCUCGACCCGGAAGACCCCUACCUCCAGGAACCCCGCGGCAAUGUCGAAGUGAUGGUCGCCUACGCCGCCAUGGCCGGAGGGGGUUCACAAUUCCGCGUCCCCAUGGACGGCAACCACAUCAGCAGCCCCGUGGUGCUGCUUCUCCCCACCAGUCGCGGCCGGAUCACGCUCGCGAGUACCGAUCCCACAGCGGAUCCGGUCCUGGACCCGCACUAUCUUGACACAGAGACGGAUCGUGCCGCAAUCCGGGCGGGGAUGCGCGUCGCCUUGCGCGUGAUGGAAACCGAGUCGGCCCAAGCGGUGGUCGGGGGCGAGACCCCGCCGCCGGGCCAUGCGCCCCUCACGAGUGCCUGCAGUGAUGCGGACCUCGACCGACGGGUGCAGAUCGUGGGGAGUAGCUUUUUUCAGAAUGGUGGGACGGCGGCCAUGGGGACGGUGGUGGAUACGCAGUGUCGCGUGAAGGGGGUGCGGAAUCUCCGCGUGUGCGAUGCCAGUGUGCUGCCGGUGCCCCUGGCCGGGCAUUACCAGGCACCGAUGUAUGCGUUUGGUGAGGCCGUGGCGGAGAUGCUGCUUGCAUAGAUCUUGUAUUCGAUACAUCACUUAGCAGCCAAUUUGACUGUAGCGUUGAAGAGAGAAAUUAAUCAGAUCACAU